AUGUCUGAAGCACCGUCCUGCCCCAGGGAGGAGACCUCUGUCCCAAGCUGCAGCUUGGGGAUCCUGUACAGGGCCUGUGUCCAUAACGACCCCAGCCAACUCCAAGCCAUGCUGGAUGUUGGGGUGUCCCCAGAGGAGGCUGCCUACAUGGACCGCAAUGGGAGGACAGGCCUCAUGGUCGCAUGCUACCAUGGUUUCGGGAGUAUUGUGGCCCUGCUCAGGCGCUGUCCUUUCCUUGACGUGAACCAGCAGGACAAAGAAGGGGACACGGCCCUCAUGCUGGCUGCCCAAGCAGGUCACGUGCAGUUGGUGAGUCUUCUGCUCACCUACUAUGCGGGCCUGGACCUGGAGCGCCGGGACCAGCGGGGACUCACCGCACUGAUGAAGGCCGCUAUGCGGGACCGCUCCGAGUGCGUGGCGGCUCUCCUCAUGGCAGGUGCAGACCUGACCUCUGUGGAUCCUGUCCAGGGUAAGACAGCCCUAGAGUGGGCAGUACUGGCCGACAGCUUUGACACGGUGCAAAGAAUCCAGCAGCUGCUGCGGCGGCCCAGAGUGGAACAGCUCAGCGUAUUCAGGCCUGAGUGGCCAGCCGCUUGCCGCAGGCUUU